GGUUUGUUUACCCUAUCCGCGUAGCUUUUGCAACGUUGGUUGAAGUUUGCUGGUCAUUUUUUUUAGCAGCUGUACAAAGUUUCCCAGUACUCCAGAGUGAUGUCGUCCAGGAAGUCACAUUUUAGUGGGGAAGGCGUGCCUCCAAGCAGAUGUGGAGAGCGUACCCCUCUGAGAAGUGUGCAGAAUGAAAUGCUUCAUCUGUCAACUCCAUCAUCGAGGUUCAAAUCAAAAUCACUGCUCAGUGCUGAUGUAGUGGAACGGACAAAGGGUGGCGUUUCUCUCUGUGACCCUGACGCCCGCUUGCAAUCUUCUCCAUCCACCAAAGCAAAUCAAAUCAAUGCUUCCACUAUCGAUUUAACAACUACUGAGACAGCCUGUGGACUCGGAGAUGUAACAUUUAAGUCCUUCAUCUGUCCCGGGGGGGAGGUUGAGGUUACAGGCUCCUUGGUGUGUGCAGAAGAGAGUAUUAUUUUGCCCAAGGAUCAGGCUAUAAACAACAUGCAUGAAAUGGAAGAUACAGUCAUCUCUGACAGCAUGAUAGUUCAAUCCUGCAGUGACCACACUGAACACCCCUAUUACAAUCCUGAGAAGAAAGAUGCUUCCUUGGUUGACAUUGACGCAGCAUGUCUCUGGGAAAUUUCAAACCCUACACUGGCCUCUGGAGACUUGGAUGAUAGACAAGUCACACAAGAUUUCAGAGCUUUUGAGAAUGAAUACUGUGGAAAGAAAGAUGUCACUUGGAACUCCUUUGUUUGUGAUGGCGGUGAGGUGGAAGUUCCUGAUGUCACCAGACUACAAGAUGAGACCAUUCCUCUGCCUAAGGCUCAGCUGGUUGAACCUUUACAUGACAACAGUGUAAAUUUAACAAAUCUCUCUGACUGUGGCCAACUAGGUCAAGCUGAACAUGCAGAUCAUCCCUACUUUAGCAGUGAAAAUGGUGUCUGUGUCAUCGACACCUUCUCUGAAACCACAAAUGGCUCUGAAAAGCCCGCUGAUGGACCGAGUGAUGUAACCUUCAAAUCAUUUAACUGCACUGGAGGUGUGAUUGAAAUUUCAGAUGGCACCAAACUUGCCGAUGAGACUGUUCCUCUACCAGCCGACCAAACUGCGACCUGCAGUGAGUCAUACAACUAUGAUAUUGAUCCAAGCAUGUUGGCUAGUGACCAAGAUGGGCAAAACAAUAAUGAUCAUUUAGAUCACCCUUAUUGUAAUAUUGAAAAUGACCCAAUACCAUUCAGCCUUGAUGUUGUGGAGGAUGUUGAACGGAUAAGCUUAGUGGUACCUGAUAGCCAGACUGGCAGACAAGAAGGUUUUACAUUCAGUUCUUUCAUCAGUGCCAGAAGUGAUGUUGAAAUAUCAGAUGGAUUGUCUCAGAGGACGUCACCUCUGCCUGAAGAACAGGCUGUGAUCUGCCAGCCCCUUGAUGACAACAGUGCACCUACUUCCAUUACGCUGGAACACAUUCAGGAUGACAGUGAACAAUCUAACAGCCAUGUGGAGAACAAUGAAGUUGUGGUAGAUACUGACCCACCAGCUAUCAGUACAUUUUCCCUGACUAACACAUCUUUAAAGGCAUUGGAUGAUAAAUCAGUUAAUUGUCAAAUGCAAGAAAUGUCCAAAAAGGACUCAAUGCAUCCUGAGGAGAGUGCAUUGCCAUCAAUGCUUCGUAGAACAGAGUCUUCUGAUUGCAGCCAUCUUGCGACUUCAGCAGAGACUCCUACACCUGUCGAUGUGCAUGUGGAACAUGUAUCUCAAGUGCAAAUCAGCAUUGGGCCCCAUGAAUCCAGUGAGGCAAAAGACAGUGCUCUGGGUGCAUCUGGAAAUGGAGCUGUUCUUUACAACUCUGCAGAAAAACCUCAGUCAGAAAACUUCCCUAAUCGUUUGAAAGUUCUGUCAGAGUGUCCCUCAGUAUCGGCUGCUUUUCAGUUUGGGAUCCUCAGUCCUGUUGUUAGAAGAGCCUCUCUCGCUGCAUUAAAGGCCUUUAGGGGACCUGCUUCGGACGAUUCCGCUCUUGAGGGUGAAAAGAGCGUGUUAUGGGAAGAGCACAUGGAGAGCCCCAUGCCACGACCUCUGUUUAACUCUACAACACUAAGUUGCAAGCCUCAGUCAGACCCAGUCGCUGAGCCAGUCGGGGAUGUGGUUGCAAAGCCUUGUGCGAUGCCUCAGCCUGAAGUGGAGAAGCCAGUUUUGGAUAUACCUUUGAUUCCAGAUGGUCCUCUGCAGCAGCAGCUUCGGCAGAUGGCAGAGUUUCUUUUCUUUGCAUCAGGGAAGAUGGUUCCUGCUGCUGUCUCUGCUCCCAUUCCGCCUCCUUCUGCCGUCAUGGUCCCGUCGGCAAAAGCUACUUCUGCAGAAUCCCACAGUGUCUGUGUGGGCACCACUCCUGUUAAAUGGAUAGACCACAGCGUCAAUACAUCUGGCCAAUUUGAGAGAAAGAGGAAUAUCUCUAUGGUUGAUUCCUGCACUCUAACGGACCCUCUGCUGUGGAACCUACCUCCAGGUAGCCUGGAGUGUCUCCCCAGACAAGAGCUGGAGCAGAGGUUAAGGUCUAGCAUGAUCAUGGUGGAGGCUCUGGUGCAGCAACUGGCUGCUUCCGGGAAAAAUGGAUGUCCUUCUGCAGGCCCUGCACCUUCAGACCUCAGGGAGAAACUAGUGCAGACAGACCACUCUGAGCUCAGCCAGACCACGAUGUACAGAGACCUAUAUUUGGAGGCUCUGAGCAGGAUUGGUGAGUUGGAGUUGGAUGGAAGUUCUCUACAGAACCUCAUCCAGCGUAUGCAGGACACGAGGGCCACCAUGACUUCUUUGAGUUAUGACACGGAUGCUGCUCUCUCUAACAUGAAGCAAAUAGGAGACGUUGUCAGAGGGGACCAUCAAAGCCUUGUCUCACAUUACGGUCAGAUGAAGUCUCUAUUUGAGAAAACAAAGGAGACCCAGACAACAUUGAUGCAGAAGGUAAAAGAUGCUUUUCACCAAAGAGAUGGCAUGAGGAUGCAGAUGGAGGAGGCCUUCACAUCCAAGGAGGCGGCCUUCAGUGCGAUGGAACAGCUGAGGACACACUGUGCCACAGAAAUCUCUGAGCUUGAGAGGAUUGUAGGGUCUCAGCAAGAACUGUCAGCUGCCCUAGACCAGACCUACCCAGAACAGGUUGCGUUAAACCGGGCCUACACUGAAAUGCUGAACUCUGCUUCUGAUGUUUUGUCUACAACCAUGGAUGAACACUCUACUUUAAUGAAAGAACUCUGCGCAGUCAGAGCCCUUCUGCAGAAAACUGCUCCCAUGCUUCUGAAGCUGAAUGAGAAGGCAGCGGAUGCUUUGAGAGAGAGGGACGAACACCUCGCUGCAAGAGACCAAGCUGUCGAAGAGAGAGAGCAGAUUGAAGAGGAAUUUGAACAAGCUAAUAUGAAUCUCCAAACUGCCUCAGAACAGAUCAGUGAUUUAAAUCUGCAGGUGACAAUUCUGACUUCAGAAAUGGGUGUGCUGCGUCAGAAGCUAUCAGAAAGAGAGGAAGAUCGUGGUCUGCUGGAUAGGAAGGUGACGGAGAUGUCCGCCACAGUUUCCUCCACUUUGGCCUCCUACACUUUCCUGGAGCAGGCCCUUGCUGCUGAGAGCAUAAAGUUGCAGCAGUCAUGGAAGGACAUCCAGCUAGCCAAGGACAGAGCAAAUGAUAUGGAGACGUCACUGGGUCAGUCAGAGCAGCGUGCGUAUGAGUUCAGUCAGGCUCUGGCUCAAAGCGAGGAGCAACUCAGUCAGCUGCAGGUCCUCUCACAAUCCCAGAAGAUGCAGAUCCAGCAGCUCCAGGAGGUUUGCACACAGCUCAAUGGUGUGCGGGAGAUGAACGAGUUCUUACAGGUGGAGAAUGAGUUUGCGAGGGAGCAGAUGGCUGAGAGUGAGUGUAUGCUGAGGGCCAACCUGCAGGCCCUCAGGGAGAGGAACAUCCAGUGUGAGGACCUAAAAGGAGAACUUGGCCAACUUCAGCUCGAGAACAGGAGUUUGCAGGAGGAGCUGGAAACUACGAAGUCCAGAGCCGAUGCGACCGAGCUGGAGCUUGGACAGAAACUGGCACAGGCCGUCACUGAAAUUACUUUGCUGCAUCAUACACUGCGAGGACUGACCAAUGAACUACAUACAGCUCUCGAUGACCAGAAACCAGAACCACAGAAGGAGGCUCAACUACUCCAGAGUGUGGAACGUCGUCACCCCUCCAGCUCCUUUGUCGACCGCAUCAUGGUUGCAUUAACUGCUGAGAAGGAGGAAGACGUCAUAACAGAAACACCUCCUGGAUCAGACUCCCCCAGGCCACAGUGUGACACUUUGUUCAGUGAGACAAGCGCCUUCACACGCAUUGCAGCCGUCACCCCUAAAAAGAAUUUGAACUCAGUAGAGUUUGAGGCCGAGGAGGACGAGCAGAGCAGCGUGUCAGAGCUGUUCGCUGACCUGGGCAGCACCGUCUCAGAACUCGUCAGCAAUCUGAAGCUGCUGCAGCAGCGUAAAGAUGCCCAGUUGGAGGAGCUGCACAAAACCAUCUCUGGCCUGCAGGUGGAGCAGCAGGCUGCAAACAACAGACAUGAGGCGGAGGUGUUUGAGCUGAGGCAUCAACUCAGCAGUCUGAACAGCCUGUUUGAGAAGGGAAAUCUAGCGCUGCAGCAGAAAGCUCAGGAUGAGAAAACUGUGACAAAGCUGAUGGCAGAAAUACAAGAGACCCAGGAAAUGCUAAAUAAACACAAGACUGACAGCAACGAAUUGCGAAAGGAGGUGGUCGAACUUCGUCGUUUUCUCAAUCAGUCAAAGGUCGAGUCUCAAUUCCUGCGGGAGGAGUUGAAAAAAGCUGGUAGCCAAUCUGCUAACCCGGCUAAUUUCAUGGAAGAGAAGAUCCAGUUAUUGAGAGAGGUGGAAAGACUUAAGUUGAGUCUUCAAGAGGUGGAGCAGGCAAGAGUAAAACUCCUUGAAAGAGCAAAAAGACAUCAAAACAUCCACCAGACCAACCAGCAGAAGAGUGAGAAUGAGCUUCAGAUGUUAAACAAAAUGAUCAAUAAAGUCAGAGAGACUCUGAUGUCACUGCCGGUGGUCGUGAAGAAUUGUGAACAACUCCAACAGCUUGUUGAAUACAUCGGUUGACAUGUUUGUUAUUGUCACCUGUGUUCAUUGUAUUUACAUCCGUAAUGUUUUAGCUUGUCCUCGCUGUAAG